GUUAAACCGCACGGCACCAUCUUUUCUUGGAUCCAUUUGGCCAACCGCGUCUCUCGUGUCAGUGUGACUCUCCCGCUCUGUCCGCAGCAAUGUCCCGACCCAGAGUCUUCUUCGACGUCACCUCAGACGGCGCGGCCCUCGGCCGGGUCGUGAUGGAGCUCCGGGACGACGUGGUGCCAAAGACUGCAGAGAACUUCCGGGCCCUGUGCACCCACGACAAGGGCUUCGGCUACAAGGGUUCCUGCUUCCACCGCAUCAUCCCCAGCUUCAUGUGCCAGGGCGGGGACUUCACCAACCACAACGGAACCGGUGGAAAGUCCAUUUAUGGCAACAAGUUUGCUGAUGAGAACUUCACCCUGAAGCAUCUUACCCCUGGAACCCUGUCCAUGGCCAACGCCGGGGCCAACACCAACGGGUCCCAGUUCUUCAUCUGCACAGAGAAAACCCCCUGGCUGGACGGGAAGCACGUGGUGUUCGGCAGCGUGGUGGAGGGCAUGGACGUGGUGAAGAAGAUGGAGGCCACCGGCAGCCAGAGCGGCAGAACCUCAUCCAAGAUCGUGAUCGCUGACUGCGGGCAGCUCUGAGCGCUCUGUAGCCACGCCCCCACAGCCCCGCCCCCUCUGCCAUUCAACAUUCCUUCACAAUAAUGCUUCAACCUUCCCCCUCCCGUCAUUUUUAUUGCGUUGUUGAAAACUUGUUGCUGCAUUUGUUACUUUUCCUUUACGGGGUUUCUGAUGCAUUAACGGUUCUUUUCAUGGCUCAACGUUUUUUUGUUAAAUCAAAACGAAUAAGAAAAUUAAACAAGUUGCCUUGACAAUUGAAA